AUGGUCACUGUCCUUGUACAUAAGGUAGAUCAGACUGCUUCUGAGAUUGUACAACAUGGAACAAUGGAACGGAGGAGGA